UUUGCUUUUCAAGGGGAGAGAUAGUAAUGGGAAACACAUGCUGAUGAGAGAAAUGUAUUUGGGUUUAAGAGGAUUCUGGAGAUCACAGCAGGAUGCUGGGGAACCGGAACUAGCAGCAGACAGAAAGCCAAGGAGAUAGGGGAAAAAGAGGUUCCCCCUGAGAUAGGGAGUGGGCAGUAAAUGGAGAGACAGAAUCCUCGCUCCUGCAAGUUGGCUCCUUGCCAUUUCAAUAGCCUAUUCAACUUUGUGCCCCCAGUACCUUGUAUGGCUCCUGGCACAUAGCAGGAGCUCACUGAGUAUUUGUUGAACUGACUUGAGCUAUAUCUUGAGAUUAGACAGUAGGAGUACUAGAUUAUGAGUGGAUGGGUGCAUGUGGAGUCACAGUGUGAAGAUGAUGAUGGAGAGGCUCUGUAUGUGCUCUGUUCAUUCAUCCAUUCAUUUAUUCAUUCAAUGAACAUUUUUAUUGUGGUAAAAUAUAUAUAACAUAAAAGUAACCAUUUUAAACCAUUUUUUAGUCUCCAGUUUAGUGGCACUAAUACUCACAUUGCUUAGAACCAUCAUUACUAUCUAUCUCCAGAACUGUUUCAUCUUAUUCAAUAAACAUUUAUUGAGCAUCUACUAUGUGCCAGACCCUUCAAGUCACCGCAAAUCUAGUAAGGGAGAUAGACAUGAAAGUCAGCAAUUCUAACCCAGGUUGAUAAAUGCCAUAAAAGACAUAGGCAUAAGAUGCUAUGGGAGUAAAGGAGUCAGUUGGUUCAGGGGAGGGGCUUUCUGAAGGAAGCUCUCAGUUGAACUGAGUCUUGAAGGAGGAAUGAGAAUUAGUUGGGAUAUUAGAAGGAGAGUUGGGCGUAAUGGGAUAGAUGAAGCAAAUUGAGAUGUAGAAUGAAAUCCUUGAAACCCUGAGGGUCACAUCAGGCACAGGUAGAGCUGAAUUGUCCUUGAGGGAUCCUGCUUUGGAGGAAGCCAAAGGUGACAUACUGACCCCUCUGUUCCCCGUUGUCAGCACUAUGUCUUCCCCCAACCCUGAGGAUACCCGCCAAGAGCCUGAGCCCUCAAGCUCCAAGAAGAAAAAGAAGAAAAUAAAGUGGCCACAGCAAGAGGCCAGCAUCCAAACCCUCACUAAGGCUGGCCACGGGGCCCUACUGGCUGGCAGGAACCAUGAGGCCUUGAUCAGCUUCCAAAGGGCCUUCCUCCUGGCCUUGAAGGCCCCACGAAAAAGGGAUACUCCUGUUCUCUGGGCCUGUGCCUUCAACCUGGGGGCUGCCUAUGUGGAGACUGGGGACCCAGCCAGAGGCCUUGAGCUGCUCCUGCGAGCCCAACCUGAAGAGAAGGUGCAGGGCAGGUGUCAUGGCGACCAGUGUUUCAAUGUGGCCUUGGCCUACCAUGCCCUGGGUGACCUGCCUCAAGCUUUGGCCUGGUACCAUAAGGCCCUGGGCCACUACCAACCACUCGGUGACCAGGGGCAAGCCCAGGCAAAAAUGGGAGCCUGCUACCAGGCUCUGGGACAGCCUGAGCUAGCAGCCCACUGCCUGCAGGAAGCAAGCCGGGCCUAUGCCCAAGCAGGGCAGCCCCGGGCUGCAGCCCUCGCACUGGGGGCUGCGGCGGGGUGUAUGCUGAAGAGCGGGCAGCAUGGGGUGGGUGAAGUGGUGCAAGUGCUGGAGGAGAGCUGGAGGCUUGCCGAGAGGAGCACCGAGCAGGGGCUGCUGGGGCAACUCUAUAAUGACCUAGGCCUGGGCUACUCCCAGCUCCAGCUGUUCCCGCUAGCAGCAGAGGCCUUUGUGCAGGCCCUGCCCCUGUGCCGGGGGCCAGGAGAGGAGGCCACCGUGCUAAGAAACCUUGGGAUGGCCCACAACGCCCUUGGCAACUAUCAGGAAGCGCGGGAGCUUCACCAGAAGGCUGCCGACCUGCACGGCUCCAUGGGGCAGCGGUGGGAGCAGGGCCGGAGCUUUGGCAGCCUGGCAUUUGCACUGAGCCAGCUGGGGGACCACAAAGCCGCCAGAGACAACUACCUGCAUGCUCUGCAGGCUGCCCGGGACACUGGGGACGUGAAAGGGCAGUGGCAGGCCUGUGAGGGUCUGGGGGCUGCUGCAGCCAGACUGGGGCAGCAUGAUCAGGCCUUGAAGUACUAUCAGGAAGCACUGGCCCGGUGUCAGAAGGAGCCAGAUUCUGUGCGAGAGCGGCUGGUGGCCAAGCUGACAGACACCAUGAGGAUCUACUUGGCCCGGGGUGGGCUGGUCCCAACUCACACCCUGACCUCGGCUCCACAGAGGCCUCAGGCUCCAGGUGGGAUCUGCCCGGCGGUCGGCACCCCCGCCAGGGUGGGAUGGAGCACAGCAGAAGCGCAGCACAGAUCUUCGGGUGGGUGGGAAGAUGAAGAGUUAGAGGAGGGCCAUGAGGAGAAAGAGGAAGAGGGGUCGGUGAAUAUUUCCAUGCAGUCAUCUUGGGCGCAGGGACUGGAGUUGUGUUUUCUUCCAGGCACUGUGAUUCAUUCCCACAGUCUAGCCUCUAGUUGGCCCAGGUUUGCCAAGCAUUGCCCCAUACAUGGCACAGUCCUUGGGGCCCCCUCCGUGUACAGUCCAGGACCCAGGGCCCAUGUCCCAUUUGGAGGCCAAGGCCCCCUCCAAAUGAAGUAUCCUGGCAUUCUGGCACCUAAUGGUCCCCAAGCCAAUAGGUCACUCAAAGGGCCCAAGGAAACCCCCAGCAGGAACCCUCAGAGGAGAUCCACCAAGUCUGGCUUCUGCACGAUCAUGUGAGCCCAUCCUCCUAGCCGUGGCCCUGGCCCCUGCGGUGUCUCCCCAACAUACACAUGGCAGGGAUUCCUGGGAUUGAGCCUCUUUCCCAGUUGUUCAGCGCUGUAUGGACGUGGAACCCAACAUGGUCAGCAAGUGAGCUCUACGGGCUCAGCACAGAGGUGUUCAGUUUGCUCCUCACUGGGAGUUUUGGACUCAAUAGGAAAAAGUUAAAAGGAAGAUGGAUAGUGAAUUUUCCCCUUUUCUUUCUGGAUCCAAACCUCAUGACUGCUAAGGCCCUUGCCAGUUCUUAAAACAGGCUUCUGGUCAAGAGGCUUUGGAGUCACUGACUCUCUCUGGACCUCAUUUUCUCAUAUGAGAAAUGGGGCCAUGAUACUACAGAAGAUGCAUCUUAACCAACUGAUGCACCCAGCUUCCUCCGUGAGAUGCAGGGAUGCUGCUGCGGGACCCCAAGCCUGUAGCCUGGAGGACAACUGCUGCCAGCAGCCACAACAAAGAGAGUCUGUAACAUUUACUGAUCACUUAGUCCCUGCCACACACUGUUCCAAGUGUUUCACAAGGGUUUUCUCCUUUAGCCCUCACCACUAGCCUAUGAGGUGCUAUUAUUAUCCCCUUUCACAGAUGAGGAGAAGGCACAAAGGUUAUGUAGUCUGUCCUCCCAGGUCACACACUAGUAAGUGGAGAAGCCAGGAUUCAAACUGAGACAGUGAGCACCUUCCAGAAUGCUAUGCAGUUCCACUCCCCCAGUUAAGCCAUUGCUUACCAAGAGCCGGUUACGUUUGAUACCAAAUGUGUUUAUGCUGGUUGUAUGUGUGAUUGUAAUUUGUAAUUUAAUUAAAUACUAUACAAAUGAAUGAA